AGGCGGCAGGGAGCCUCCGCCGCCGUCCCCCUCCCAGGGAAGCUAUCUGGAGACUAUCUGGGAAAACGAAGUCGGGGACUGGGAGGUUAAGCGGCGGGUGAGUCGGGAGCCGCUGCGGAGGAGAACGUGUCGAGGGUACCUGCUGCUGUUGAGAGAGGACAGUUUUACAUCACGACGAAUCAAUAUGAGAAUUAAAAACACUGGCAACAACCCCCACGAAAAGCCAUCUUAAAAAAAAAAUAAAUGGACUACUCGAAAAAGGAGAGGAUCUAUAUCGGGAGCUGUUAGAGCAGGACAUUUUGAAAUACUGCUUUCUGAGCCCUACCUAUCCCCUUUCAAAUGCUUUUAUCGUAACUUUAUGAUUUUCGUAGCUAGUUUAAGUCUGAUUUGACUUGUGAUCCGUGACGGUGUUAACUGGAAUUGGGCCGGUUCCCGAUGCUCCUUUUGGGAACACAUUUUGGGGAGAAUCUCUGAUCAUCAAAACCCUACAAGGGGAAAAAAAAAAAAAAAAAAAAAGGAACUCAGCGUCGACCGGUGCCACCAAAGGGCCUUUGCACCAUGUGGACCUUUCUUGGCCUUGCCACUUUCACAUAUUUUUAUAAGAAAUGCGGGGACGUCAUCACUUUGGCCAACAAGGAGGUCCUGCUGUGUGUGCUGGUGUUCCUGUCGCUGGGCCUGGUGCUGUCCUACCGCUGCCGCUCCCGAAGCUGGGCCCUCCCGAGGCGCGCGCCCAGCGGGCCCCAGCUCGCCAUCCUCUCGGGUGUCCUGUCCGCCUUGCCUUUCAUUGGCUUCUUCUGGGCCAAUCCCCCCGCUGGGACCGAAAAUAAAGAGCAGCUCGGGUCUAGGACGUGCAAAAAACAAACCAGCAUUUCAGAAAGCACCUUAAUAGGAACAGCUGCCUCUACGACAAUAUCUUCUCAAAAUGAUCCAGAAGUGAUCAUUGUGGGAUCUGGUGUACUUGGCUCUGCUUUGGCAGCAGUGCUUUCCAGAGAUGGAAGAAAGGUGACAGUUAUUGAGAGAGAUUUACAAGAGCCUGACAGGAUACUUGGAGAAUUUUUGCAGCCAGGUGGUUACCAUGCCCUUAAAGAUCUUGGUCUUGGAGAUACAGUGGAAGGUAUUGAUGCCCAGAUUGUAGAUGGCUAUGUAAUUCAUGAUUGUGAAAGCAAGUCAGACAUUCACAUUCCUUAUCCUCUGUUGGAAAACCAUCAAGUACAGAGUGGAAGAACUUUCCAUCAUGGAAGAUUCAUCAUGAGUCUCCGGAAAGCAGCAAUGGCAGAGCCCAAUACAAAGUUUAUUGAAGGCAUUGUGCUACAAUUAUUAGAAGAAGAUGAUACUGUGGUUGGAGUUCAGUACAGGGAGAAAGAAACUGGAGACAUCAAGGAACUCCAUGCUCCAUUGACUGUUGUUGCAGAUGGUCUGUUUUCCAAGUUCAGGAAAAACCUGAUCUCCAAUAAAGUUUCUGUUACAUCUCAUUUUGUUGGCUGUCUUAUGGAGAAUGUACCACAAUUUAAAGCAAAUCAUGCUGAACUUCUUUUAGCUAAUCCAAGUCCAGUUCUCAUCUACCAGAUUUCACCUGAUAAAACUCGAGUACUUAUUGACAUUCGAGGAGAACUGCCAAGGAAUUUAAGAGAAUACAUGGUUGAAAACAUUUACCCACAAUUACCUGAUCACUUGAAAGAACCAUUCCUAGAAGCCAUUCAGAAUUCUCGUUUGAGGUCCAUGCCAGCAAGCUUCCUUCCUUCUUCACCAGUAAACAAACGAGGUGUUCUUGUUUUGGGAGAUGCAUACAAUAUCAGGCAUCCUCUUACUGGAGGAGGAAUGAGCGUUGCUUUUAAAGAUAUAAAACUAUGGAGAAAAUUGCUGAAGGGUAUCCCUGACCUUUAUGAUGAUGCAGCUAUUUUCCGGGCCAAAAAGUCAUUCUAUUGGUCAAGAAAAACAUCCCAUUCCUUUGUUGUGAAUGUCCUUGCGCAGGCUCUCUAUGAAUUAUUUUCUGCAACAGAUGAUUCCCUACAUCAACUAAGAAAAGCCUGUUUUUUAUAUUUCAAACUUGGUGGAGAAUGUAUCGCUGGUCCUGUUGGGCUGCUUUCUGUGCUGUCUCCUAACCCUCUGACUUUAAUAGGACACUUCUUUGCUGUUGCAAUCUAUGCUGCAUAUUUCUGUUUUAAAUCGGAACCUUGGAUUACAAAACCCCGAGCCAUUUUCAGUAGUGGUGCUGUAGUGUACAAAGCAUGUUCUGUGCUAUUUCCUCUAGUUUACUCAGAAGUGAAGUACUUGGUUCGUUAAGCCUAAAGGGGGACCAUUUGUGAACUAAUACUUGGCACUCUGCAAGUCCCAAGAGACUUCUUAAGAGGAUUUACGCAGCACAGUACUACGCCACUUGUAAAGUGGAAACUCUUGGACCAAGAUUGGGAUUAAUUUGUUUUUGAAAUUAUUUGUACAUAAACAUGUAAAUAUAUACUUUAAUUUGCAAUUUAAAAUGAAGGGUCAAAUAAGAUAGUUUAAAACAUAUGGUUGUUACCGUAAGUUAGUGCUAAAACUGAGAACAGGUCUGUAUUCAGUAUCUGGAAUGAGUUGACGUGGGACACACAAAUAAAACAAAGAAUGA